AUGGCUGAUAAGGCCAAAGGAACGAAAGUUCAACGGUGGGAGAGGAAAAUCCACCUGGACUGGAUUGAUAAUGUAACCGGUCUGAUGGCAGGCCACGACCUAGGGCUUUUAAGUCCGGCUAAGCUGCGCACAGACCUACGCACCCUACCGGCUGACCAACACACUGUUGAGGAGGAGGUGGAGGUUGCGGCCGCUGCCAUGAUGCAGUGGUUGGCGCCCAUCAGCAGCUCCUGGCGAUUGCAUCAACGCGAAAUGAUGUGCAAGAUUGACAAUCUCCAUCUACACUACCUACCCUCACUCACCUUCAGCAGAUGUUCAGAACGACUGAUGAGACCGAUUCAGAUAUUGCUACUACUGCUACUACUAUUUAUACUACCGCUUACUACCAGUGUAACUGAGUGA